AUGUCCGACAGCGACGACGAUACUAUCCGAGACGCCCGCUCUCCCUUCGAUGAUAGUAAUGCCGACAUCAUCUUCCGAUCCAGCGAUAACACAGAUUUCCGUGUCCACACCAGCAUCAUGUCGCUCGCUUCCCCAUUCUUCCACGAUAUGUUCACUCUUCCGGCUACGAAAGCCUCAUCGCCGACACGCUCCGCCUCCAAUCCGCCACAGAUAUAUAAGGAUGGACUCCGUGUUGUCCCCUUUUUGGACGCGUAUAGCGAGGCACAUACAGUUCGACUGUUCCUCCUCUCUUGCUACGCAAUACACGUCGAAGCCUCUCGCGGCUCUGAUGAGCAAGGCUUUCCACUCGCCCCCGAUUUCACACUCGACAAGCCUGUCACUCGCGAGACAGCAGUUCUCCGACCGCUUGUACAGUCGCACAACUCUCUCCGCGAUGAACUCCGCUCCAAGCCUCUGUCGCUCGAGGACCUGAAACUCCUAUCCUGCAUGUUCGACCUCUACCAGGUCUCCGACAUCUCCAUCACUCUGCUGCUGGCUUGCAUCGAAGCGGCGCGCGAGGACCCAGCGGUGGCUUACGCGCAGGCCUGUCGAUUCCAGAACGCGCCGUUGAAAGAGGCGGCGUGUCGGUUGAUGUUGGAGAGGCCGUUGUUCCCUCUAUCUACCUCACCUGAUUUGGCCUGCAUGACAGGCGUCCAAAUGGCGAAGCUCGUUCAGUAUCGCCAGGACGCUGGAACUGUGGCCGCAAAGCUCGGUCUCGAUGACUUACAGUGGUUGAAGGAUGCAGACAGCCCGAAGUCCUGCAUGGCAUGUCAAUCUUCCAAACAUGAUUGCACCCCUUUGCACGCGAUGUGGCCAGAUUUUACGCGUACUGUGUGGGGGCCAAAGUGGCUAUUUGAUUUCCUGGAGAAAAGCGCAGGCGCGAUAGAAAAUGUACCUAAGGGGUGGACUGUGAAGGAACAGGCACGCCUAGACAGUGCGCUGGAUGCUGCGAACUCUUGCAAGGACCAGGUAUGUAGGAAGGGAGCUGCUCAAGCAUUGCGCAAGAUUAGCGAUGAGUUAGCAAUGGCGAUAGAUGAAGCUGUCGCAAAUAUUGAGAUUCCCAUCUGA